AUGCAUUACAUCCACAUUACGAUGCAGAUGAGAAGAUCUUGAUGCAGGACCCUGCAACAGAUUUGUGCCAAAUUUUGCCCAUCUGCCAGUAGGUUAUCAGUUGGAAUAAGGUAAGCCAGACUUUGAUCCAUAUUUAGAAGAGACAACCAUGAUCUGCUCCAGAAAAUCCAGGAUGGCAAAGCCUAUCUUGGACUAGGGAGGGAAGGAGAAAAUCACUCUUGCCCAUCAGAAAACCCUUUGAAGAACUCCCUCAUCUCCUUCAUUGACCCUUCCAUCCAUAUAAAGCUUCGAAGCUCAAAAAGUCUCUGCACAGGUUUUCGGGACAUCCCACAUUCAGGAAAAGAAGGCUGCAAAGAUGAACUCCAGGGCUUUUGCUUCCCUCUUCUUUGCAGUCUUCGUCUUCUCUUCCUCGGCCGCCAGUGCCUUCAACAUCACCAGGCUCCUCGACCGGUACCCAGAGUUCAGCUCUUUCAAUGACAUGCUAACCCAAACCAAGCUCUACGAGAAGAUCAACCGCAGGCAGACCAUCACGGUCCUCGCCCUCGAUAACUCGUCCGUCGGCGAUAUCAUGGGGAAGCCUGAGGAAGUCCUCCAGAGGAUCCUGAGUGCGCACGUCGUUCUCGACUACUAUGAUAUCUCGAAGCUCCAUGACCUGUCCAAGAAAUCUACCGUGCUCACCACAAUGUACCAGGCCAGCGGAACCGCUGACAACCAGCAAGGGUUCUUGAACGUGACCAGACUGGCCGGUGGAGACAUCGUGUUCGGGUCCGCAGUGAAAGGAGCGAGCCUCAAUGCCAAGCUUGUGAAGGCCGUGGCUGCUAUGCCCUAUAACAUCUCGGUCCUUCAGGUUAGCUGCCCGAUAAUUGCACCAGGAGUAGAUCCUGCCAACCCGAACGGAAUUGUCACCGUCACUGCACCCCCGCCCGCUCCACCGGCGGCAACACCCAAGAAGGCCCCCACUUCAAGCCCCGCCAAGGCCCCGGUCGCGGCCAACACACCCGAGUCAUCUGAAGCUCCAGGUGCCGAGGAGCCAGCAGCAGAUGCUCCCGCUGAUGCACCAGAAGCAGACCCACCAGCCAGCUCUCCCCCAGCACCCGGACCUGUUUCAGAUGAAGAGGCAGAUGCACCAGCUUCGGCGAACUCUUCGAACUCGCUCGUAGCUUCGCAAGUUGUUGUUGGCGUCCUGAUGGGUUUGUUGUCAGCGAUCAUGGCGUAAAUGUGUAGCCCGGUUCCAUUAAGCUUUUUCCAGAACAAAUGGACACGAUAUAGCUCUUUUACUUUGUCUAAUUGAAGCAGAUUCCAAAAUUCACACACUCAAGGAUUGCACAAUUCUUAACACUACAUCGUUCUGCUUACCCAUGG